CUGCUGGCUUUGCGGAAGGUGGUGCUUGCCAGCCGAAAGCCAAGGCUGAGGGCUGGUGCUUUACGGCAGCGAAUUUCAGAGCGCUGCUCGUUACGUGUGUGCUCGGAGCGUCGUAUAGAGACCUUUUCACGCUUUGCUCGCGCUCUUACGCCUUGAUCGCAGCUUGGCCCCUAUUAAUCGACAAAAACCCGAGCUCGAGCUCGAGUCUGCCUCCCUGACGGGUAAGCGCCGUAGCAGCGCCCUCUGGACCCUUUGCGGUCACGCUGGUUACCACUGAACACCCCCAAAAGGCACACCCGGCUCGCCUGGCGGUUAGUCGAUCCGCAGCCCUCCUCCAGCCAAAAGAGCUGCUAAAGAGCAGGAAGCCAAACCGAGCAGGGAAGCCCCCCCGCGGGCCCUCAGCGAACCGAGAGGUGCUGAGACAGCAAGCCAACCAGGGCACGGAAACCCCUGCGCGCCAAAAAAAAAAAUGAGCGGCUACGCCGACCCGCACGCGACCCAGACGCAGCCCAUCGCCAUCGGCGAGCGCGGCGGCCCGCGCAACCGCGGCCUCUCGUGGCACGGCGGCGCGUCGAGCCCGCUGGCCUGCCCGCGCGCGCCCGUCAUCGGCUCGAUGCCCGUGCCGUCGCGGCUCGCGUCGAACAUCCCGCCGCUGGCGCUGCCGGCGUCGUACGACGUGGCUUCCGCGCGCGCGGGCGCCGUGCGCACGGCGUCCUUCGACGCGCCGCCGACCGCCGGCGCCGGGGCCCUGCUGAACCGCUUGCGCGUCGACUCGACCGACGGGCCCGCGCCGGCGGCGGCGCUCUCGCCCGAGCGGCCGGCGCCGAUCCUGUCGGUGCUCGAGUCGUCCGAGUUCCGGAGCGACAUGGCCGCGCGGCCGCGCCGCGGCACGUCGGACGAGGUCGAGGUCGACCUCGCGGACGACGAGGACGGCUUCUUCGGCGACGCCGAGGACCACGCCGACGCACAGCUGCACCAAUCGUAAAAUUCUGUCAGGUUAUU